ACCUUACCAAGUACCCCCCCCCGCUACUUUUUGAAAAGUCAAAAAGAACCCCAACCGUCUCUCCUUUUUAUAAACACAGACACUCGAACGACUUUACCUUCCCCAAACCGGACCACACUCUCACCAACAAAAACUUCUUUCUUCUUCUUCUUGUUCGAUCGCAUGACAAUGGAUUGGUUCUCAUGGCUAUCAAGAACGAAUCUCGAAGACACGCUCAUCUACGAGUACGGCCUCUCCUUCUCCCACAACGAGCUCGAGUUCGAAGACAUAGCUUACUUCAACCACGAGUUCCUCCAGAGCAUGGGAAUCUCCAUCGCCAAACACCGCCUCGAGAUCCUCAAGCUCGCUCGGAGAGACAAGAAACCGUCUCCGCUCACCGCUCGUUCGAUUUCGAGAGUCCUGAUCGCGAUCAGGAAGACUGGGAAGUGCUUCUCCGAGUACGUCAGGGCGUGGAUCCGACGCGAGGAGUCGUCGUCGAGGGCUCUGGUGGUCGUGCCGAGAAGCGGCGGGAACGGGAGAUGGAAAGGCGCUUUGAUGAAGAGGAGCAAGAGAUCCGUGACGCCGAGCAACGGCAAGGAAGAGAGGCUUCUGCUGACAAACGGGACUCCGUGUAGGCUCGAAAGCUUCUCGAGUUCUACGGUGGUUUUCGAUUACGGUUUGAAAGAGGAGAAAGAAGAAGAGAUCAAGUGGGAUUCUAUGUUUCAAAAUCUGAAACCUACUUGAAUGUUUGAUGAUGAUGAUUUUUAGGGUUCUUCCACUAACACGUGUAUUUGAUGAGCUCUUUCUUGUUUCCGAGUGUGUGGUUUAGAAUAUAGAAUUAUGAAGCUCUCUGUCCUAUAAUAUAAGGUUUUAUCAUUAUUAUUUUUUUCCAUUUCUACUACAUGACUCGUUUCUGAUUACAAGAUUUGUUUCUUUGACU